GAAACUCAACUUGAUUCUAUUUCCCCACCACAAACCAACAACAACAUCUCAAAAUGGCUUCCGGAGUCAAAGUUGAUCCAUCCUGCAAGAACGCCUACGAUCUUCUCCACAACAAGCAUCAGCACAGCUACAUCAUCUUCAAGAUUGACAAAAAUGACACCGCCAUCGUCGUCGAGAAGGUCGGAGAGAAGAAUGCUCCGUACGCCGAGUUCGUUGAGGAGAUGAAGAAGCUUGUUGAGGACGGAAAGGAGUGCAGAUAUGCUGCCGUCGACGUCGAGGUUACUGUCCAAAGACAGGGAGCCGAGGGAACCAGCACACUCAAUAAGGUCAUCUUCGUUCAAUACUGCCCAGACAACGCCCCAGUCCGCAGACGUAUGCUCUACGCCUCCUCGGUCCGUGCUCUCAAGGCGUCCCUCGGACUCGAGUCCCUCUUCCAAGUACAGGCCUCCGAGAUGUCGGACCUCGACGAGAAGAGCGUGAAGAGCGACCUGAUGUCCAACCAAAGAAUCUAAGCCUGUCCAAUUGAAUCCCAAUCACAAAUUACAAUUUCUUUCUGGUACUACUAGUCUCUCGGACCAUCCAAGCCCGUCAAAAAUGUGCCUUUAACUUUUUUUUUCUUGUUAAAUUAUGACUUUUCUUGUCUGUAAUUCUGAUUUCCCAUUUUCUCUGGAAUUUUUAAAAAAAUAUUUUUCUUUUAAUAAAUAAAUCCGUUCCUUC